GCCGCCCCCGGAAGUGGACUUCGCCUCCUCAGAAGCGGUGCGUCAGUGCCCGAGGCUCGUGUGUUUGCGACCGCAGCGCUUGGCGCCGGAGCUCGAGGGGCGGGCCGGCUGCCGCCAUGGCCGGGAGUCAGGACAUGUUCGAAGCCAUCGUGAUGGCGGAUGAGAGGUUUCACGGGGAAGGUUAUCAGGAAGGCUAUGAAAAAGGAAGUAGUUUGGGCAUGAUUGAAGGAAGACAGUACGGCACGUUACAUGGAGCUAAAAUCGGAUCCGAGAUCGGGUGCUACCAAGGUUUUGCUUUUGCUUGGAGAUGUCUCCUGCACGGCUGCACCACUGAGAAGGACAGCAAAAAGAUGAAGGUCUUAGAAUCGUUGAUUGGAAUGAUUCAGAAAUUCCCUUAUGAUGAUCCUACUUAUGAUAAACUUCAUGAAGACUUAGACAGAAUUAGAGGGAAAUUUAAGCAGCUUUGUUCAUUACUAAACGUCCAUCCCGACUUUAAAGUUAGUGCAGAAGGUUCCGGACUUUCAUUUUGAGGAUGACAGACGCACAAAGACGAAACAUCAGGGAACAGAUGUUCGUAUGUUAAGUGUUUAAAAAUGUGAUUAAAGGCAAAGCAACGAUGGGGGAUUCAUUGUUUUGCAGGGAGGGUUCCAGCUUGGCCGCUGAAAGGGCUUCCUUCCCCCGAGGUCUGCCGGGUGGCCUCGGUGCCCCCCCCACGGGGCCCCUCCACAUAGGCCCGUCCUUUGUUGGACCCUGUCUGCUCUGCAGCGUGAACGCAGCCCUGGCAGAGCCCUCACCUGGCUGCUCUUCUCUGGUCCAGGGUCCAGGCCCCUGGCUCACGGGUUCUCGUCACCUGUCAGGCCUGGCUGGAUCUAGAUUCCGGUUGGCUCUGGAUAGGAUAAACCUCCCCUUUAGCCCCCGGGCUUUGGUCAGCGCUCAGAGGGACAGUUUUUUAAAAAAUGAGAGCCGGGCUUCCCUGGUGGCGCAGUGGUUGAGAAUCCGCCUGCCAGUGCAGGGGACGCGGGUUCAAGCCCUGGUCUGGGAGGAUCCCACAUGCCGCGGAGCAACUGGGCCCGUGAACCACAAUUACUGAGCCUGCGCGUCUGGAGCCUGUGCUCCGCAGCAAGAGAGGCCGCGAUGGUGAGAGGCCCGCGCACCGCGAUGAAGAGUGGCCCCCGCUCGCCGCAACUAGAGAAAGCCCUCGCACAGAAACGAAGACCCAACACGGCCACAAAAAAAAAAAAAAAAAAAAAAUGAGAGCCACAGGGUUGACACGAAGCAGGUUAAUGGACGGAGUGAUGGGAGCUGUGACGUUUGCUGACCCUUGAGAUGUGCCAGUGCCGUGACCUGCUUCUCGCCUUUUGUUCAGUCCCUUCAGGAGCCCACGGGGUGGGCGUGAUUCCCGUUUUACAGACGAGGAAACCGAGGCCCAAGAGACUGCCUGGUCCAAGGGCAGUGGGCGGCAGAGCUGGGACUCCAGCCCUGUCUCCUGGUGCCCGCUCCGGAAUGCACGUUCGCACCCACAGUCUCGGGGUCCCUGCCCGCAGGUCCCCGCUAUGCCCCGUGGAGCCCUGGGGCAUCUCAGGUGGCCAUGGACGUGGGUGUCUGGCUGAGAGGAGCAGAGGCCAGCCCUGUCCCCAGGAAGCCGGGACGUGCUCUUCCUGUGUCCCCGGGUGGGUGGGGCUCUGCAGCAUCAGAAAUGGUCACGGGGAGGAGACUUUAAGGCCACCGCUCUAUGUGCAGAAACUUCGCAGCCUUACUGCAGCCUGCCUUCUAGUGUGAGUUCUCUGUCUUCUGCCCGGACUUAAAAGGCAUCAUCUGCACGCGGUGCACGGCCCCAGGUGCGCCUUCGUCACAGACAGCAGCAGCGCUUAUCUCUGGCUGGUGGGAUGGAGGGGCUUUUGUUGACAUUUUCCUGGGUGGAUUUUUGUGCUUCCUAAGCAAUCUGUUUGGAUAAUGUAUUAUUUUUAUAAUUGAAAAAAAAAAAAAAGAGUAUAUUUUAAAGCAAAAGGCCAUCUGGGACCAUUUUUGAUGCGACAUCUAGCGAAUUCAUUCCUUUCUCCGUGAUAUUUGGGGUUGAGGUACCAGGGUCGCACUGAACAGCCUUCUGUUGUGUUUGUGUCUGCGUGUUUCAUUAAUAUGCAUGGCGGCAGCUACUGUGACAGGACGGCGCUCCGUGAUGCUCAGGAAAGGGUCGGGUCCUGCUGCCCCUGGCCAGCCACGGCGUGCGUUUAUCACUGACCUCUCCUGCCCCAAACCUCACUCCCCCGCACCCCUUCCAUCUCUCUCCUCUCAGCCUCUCCCAUGCCAGGUGUCAGCCAGAGCAGCCGGCCGCCACUUCCUCUCCCCCAUCCCGCGGGGCCGAGCUGCCUCAUCGAUCAUCUUCAGGGCCCCUGGACACCGGACUUGACCUGUGCCAGCCUGGCUCCUUCUUGGAGGAUGAGACCCAGUUUCCAGGACCCCUUGGUCACCCAAGACAGAUGUUCUGGAUUCCAGUACAGACAGAGCCCCUGUUCGCAUCACAACGACUCUGCUCCUGUGAUGCCACCUCCAGCGAUGGGGUCCGGGGAGCUUGCUCUUCUGGCGGAUGAGACGGUGGAGGACACCCGAGGGCUUCUGGGAAAGGUCACAUCACUCUUGAGAGAGAUGGUAUCUCUUUUGGAAGUUGUGCUGUGGGGAUGCGACACCUGGAAUUAUGACAGGCAGCUUGCAAGCAGCUACGGAUGAAGCCAGACCUGGGCAUGGCAGAGCCCAGCCAGAGAGGACCCAGCCCGAGGACAUUGCCGAGCAGCUGUGCUGACUGACCCCCGAGAGGUGCUCUGCUUGCCAGCCUCGGUUAUAGGAGCUGAUGAACGCCCUAGUUCAAGGCCACUUCGGUAGGGCUUCCAUUGCUAGCAGGCGAAGGGAUCCUGCUUGCCCUCCCCCCACCCCACCCCACCCCCCCCUUCCUGUGCUCCUACACCUGGUCCUGCUGGCUAUUAACGCUUGUUGGAUUUCACCCCUUUCCAGGGGCUCGUAGAUUUCCCACGGCUCUGGCCUACUUGCUCUGCCCUGUCGGAAAUUCCCAGCAUAUUUUGUGCCACGUUAUUAGUCAGCCGGGGCUGCCAUAGCGAAUGCCGCACAGUGGGUGCCUUAAACAACAGACAUUCACGGUCCCCAGUCCUGGAGGCUGGAAUCCGAGGUCCAGGUGUGGGCAGGGCCGGUUCCUCCUGAGGCCUCUCUCCUCGGCGGGUAGACGGCUGUCUUCUCCCUGUGUCCUCACACGGUCGUCCCUGUGUGUGUCGGUGUUGCUUUAAGGACUCCAGCCCUGUUGGAUUGGGGCCCACCUUGAUGACCUCCUUAAAGGCCCCAUCUCCAAAUAUAGUCACAUUCUAGGUUCUGAGGGGCAGGACUCCAACAUGAAUUUUGGUGGGGACAUAAUUCAGCCAUAGGGUGAAUACAGGGUGGCCUGUAAUAGCCACCCUGUCUGGCUGCCUGGACGGACUUCACUUGGGAGAGAAGAAGCCCGUUUCACUUAGAAGGUGAAGUUACUUUGGGGCUUCCCUGGUGGCGCAGUGGUUGAGAAUCCGCCUGCCAGUGCAGGGGACACGGGUUCCAGCCCUGGUCGGGGAAGAUCCCACAUGCCGCAGAGCAACGAAGCCCGUGCGCCACAACUACUGAGCCCGCGUGCCUAGAGCCCAUGCUCCGCAACAAGAGAAGCCACUGCAAUGUGAAGCCUGCGCACCGCAACGAAGACCCAA